AUGAGCGAUCGUAUUUGUUUGAUCGCACUAGCGUUGACUCUGCUGAUCAAUACAUCAAAUGGAUUAUUUGCUCCGUCCUCUCCAAAUGGAGAUAAAAUGCCGGGUGAAUCGUAUGAAUUUACAUCAAAGAAAUAUAAAGACAACGAAGCUUGUACUUUAACAAUAAAAGGAUCAACAACUAAUCAAAGAAUAAUUGUUUCAAUAGAAAAGAUGGAUAUUGCUCCAGAUGGGAACUGCGGUGAUUCCCUCAAAAUUUAUGAUGGAAAAGUUGGUGGUACUUUGUUGAAUAGUGUUGCAACGGAACAGUGUGGUAAAAAAGACUUUUAUGUUAGAUCGAACUCGAAUACUGCUGUCAUUGUAUUCUCAAGUAAUAAUGAUGGAAAACAGGGUACUGGAUUCACGGCAACAGUUGCAAUAGACUUUUUUCGAAUACAACUUGUUCAUGUAGAUGAGGUAAUAUGCUCUACAAUCUGCCACUAUCAGUAUUUGUAGACACAAAAGUUUGUGAUGUAUUAGGGUCUGGAGAAUUUAGAUUCAAAUAGAGAUUUUUUUGAAAAGGUGCAUGAGGACAAAAGUGUACCAGAUUCGUGAUCCAUAUAAAAAAUUAUCACUUACGGAUGGCUUCAAUCAUCUAUGGUAUUAUCGUGUUUGCUUCUUUGUAACUGAGCUCUCGACACGUUAUAUGAAGGGUAUUAAAGGUACUAUCAUUUGAAGAGAAAAUAGUUCAUAUCAGUUGGCGUUCAUCUACGAUUCGCUUACAUUAGCCCUUAGAAUGAAUAUAUCUUUAGUGCUUUGUCUGAAAUCUUAGGCAACGCGUAUUAUUAUUAAUGCCACUCUUCUGCAAACCAGAUCAUAUCGUGAGCUGUUACUCAGAAUUAUGUUUGAAAGAACAGAUGCUCUUCUCGCUAAAGCUAUCUCUUUUUCAUCCUCUGUUAUCUACCGUGGCUUGCACACGGUAGAUAAUAGUCUUUGCAUUUUUACAACUAGUAACGGGAAACUCAAAAGUGAAUAGACAAAUUUGACGUGUAAGAUAUGAUUCGAUUUAUCGGUAGUAAAUUUCUGAGCUCGAUUGGAUGAUGGAGGUUCAUUACAUAACUAAGUUAAAAACUGGAUCAUAGAAAAAUCUAGAAAAUCUAGAAGAUCAUUUCCUAGAAAAUCAUUUCCAAAGCUUUGUCGGAUAAAUCUUAGCGAAAAUAUAUCGACAACAAUGCAAUGAAACGUUUACCAGCGAGGUGCCGUAUAUGUUUUUAUUGUAUGUGUACGUGUGUUUUUAGUAUGUAUGUGUGAUAAUCAACUUUUCUUUUCGACUGUUCUCAACAUGUAAAGGGCCUGACCACCCUGUUGAAUCAAAUAAACUAUGUUUAGAUCAAACCACCAGAGAUGCACAUAUAAGUUACAAAUCAGUUCAAGCUCAUUUAACACGAGAGUGAACUACUUAAUUAGUAGUCAGUAAGACGACCAUUAGCCAUCUUUACAAGCAAAAUAUCAUGAAGGAUGUGAAAACGACAAGGGGGAAACAGCAGAUUUUGGGAUUUUUCCGAUUUUCACCCAUUUUUGUUCCUGCACUGUCCUUUACUUACUUACUUUCGAAUCGGUACGAUACAUCAUCAUAUUGUACAAAUCUACUCGUCACUUGAUUCAUCUUGUUGUUAACUUCUUCUUGGUUUGAAGUUUAACCACUUUUGAUAAUUAGUUUGAUAUAUGCUUUUUGUACAUUUGAAUACAUCUGCAGGAGCAAAUAUCUCCACCGAAAAUGUUUCGUCUCCUUCCAUGUUUGUUUGCUGAGCGUAUCGAGCACCACUCAAGUGAGAUCUAUGCUGUCUAUAAUUAUCGUUUAAAUUCUGUCUUAAAUCAAUUGCGAGUUACGUAGAUGAUGAUGAUCAACAGCGGUAAUAUCAAAACUAAUACCGAUACUUACUAAAACAAAAUGACAGUUGUGACCCAGGAGAAAAAAGACGGGCAAUAAACUGCUCAUUAACUGCCAGUUUACAGUCUGCCUAAAAACUGCCAGUUGACAACGUGUUAACUGUCUAAAAACCACCUAAAAACUGUCUAGUUUAUUGGCC